UAAUAUAUCUAAUAAAUCAUAUUGGUUCCGUCUGUAGAACCCUGAAACCUGACUCUACGGGUGCAAUGAUGGAAUCCUGUGUGUAAAUACACAGGACAGGGUGGGAAGUGGAAGCAGGUUAGUCCCAGCAUGGACCCAGGCCCCCAGUAGGGAGAUAUGAAGCCCCAGGAUCUGCAAGCAGUAGGCAUAACUGUGCCCCGAGAGUGCCCGCAAUCCUAUCCUCGUGGCUAAAGGGAGACCAGCACCGUGAGGAAGUAGUUACAUACAAGUGCCUGUCAGCAGAGAUGGUAGGAGAAAGAUGAAAGGCUGAACGUGAUGUCUGUAGGAUGGGAAGAGGCAGAACGUGAGAUGAUGAGCUCUCCUUCUCUACCUUCAGCUUAAACCAGACAAGGAGAAAUCGCAUUUGUUGACAGAGGCCCAAUGGUGGCUCCGGAAGCUCCUGAGAAGCCGAAUGAUGUGGACAGUGGAGUCGUAGGGGAUUCUGAAGAGUUAACUGAAGUGGCGGUGCAACCCAACAUGAAUGUAGAUCAACCGAGGCUUAUCCGAUCCGACAGACCAUGUGAUCAUGGAGAAGAUGUUGCUCAGAAUCCCACCCUUGAUCAACAGGACAACCCAGAACAGAAGAAGCGAAAAAGUGUUGGGUUUUGUGAAGUAGACGUCUCUACGACCCCUGGUGCUGCAGAAGAACAAAGCAGUGAUGGAUCUGUUAAUAUGGACAACGGGGGUUUUAGUGAUGACAAGGACACAUCCAUGGGCAAAGCUCAAAGCUCUCCUCUUGCCAAAGGUCUUCCUUUGCAAUGCCGAAAGCACAGUGUCCCCACUUGCCUGUGUAAAGAGUGUGUGGAGAACUAUAUGAACCAUAAUGAAAGUUUAGACGCAGAGGAAAGUGGGAAAGGCAGUGGGGAUUUGUUGUGUGCAGACAGUCUAUCAGUAGACUCCAACUUAGUUAGGAGCAGAAGUGGCUCUGAGAGGUCCAGGCACUCGGUCUCAUUAGAGGAGGAGGACUAUGGCCACAGGUAUGAAGAUGCACAAGUUACCCUGCCCUACCCCGAUUCCAGCAAGCCACCGGACCACAUCACGAGGCUAAGCAACGCCGGACUGUUUGAUCCCUGUGAGGACCAAGUUGAAAAGAGAGAAGCAGAAGACCUAAAAGGAGAAGAGGACUGUGACUCGCAAACGGUGAACCCUGCCUUCUUUAUCCAACACGAGAGGCUAGAAAGCUUUUCUGGGAGUAGCCACAGAAAGGUGCAGCUGGAAAUGUGCGAACAUUUGGACUCUGAUAGAGGAGAACCAGAGGCAGAACCUCUACUCCGUUCUCACCAUUCCAGGUCAGUAGAUGUGGAGUCCAUGCAAGGAGGACCUGUUGGCUGCCGGUGUGACAAGAACUAUCUCAAGAUCGUCGGCUCCUUCUUCCUCUCUCUCUUUGUGUUCCCGGCCUUCCUGUGUUUGGCUUACACAUUCCUGCCCUUUGAUGCCCCGCUGAUGCCAGAUAUCACCACCAGGCUUAUUUACACCUUACGGUGUGGGGCAUUUGCCUCAUUUCCCAUCAUCCUCGGAGUAAUCAUCCACGGGAUCUCGCGGCUCUGCACCUCUUCCUUCGACCCCUUUAAGCCCAAGGUGCGGGAGGUGGCCAUUCACCGGCGGUUUGUCAAGCAGAGCACCUUCCUGUUCGUUUUGUAUUUCUUUAACCUGUGCGUGUUGGUGACUUACCUGCCCCAGAACUACCUGAAGCUCAUCCCGCUGCUCACCUGUCUCUUUGCACUCUCGCAGCUGAUAUACUGGCUGUCGUUUGCGGUUGGCCGCUCAUUCCGUGGCUUUGGCUACGGCCUGGCCUUCCUGCCGUUGGUCUGCAUGCUGGCUUGUAACCUCUGCUUCAUGUUCCUUGUGGACCCGGAGAGGAUGCUGUAUUUGGGCUUACCUCCCAAGGAGGACUCCAAGUCAAAAGUAGACACUUUGGGUUGAAGGCCACAGAGAGGAAAAGAACUAAAUCUAGAACAAAGAGGCAAAAGAGCAGCCUCAGCUCAACACUCUAGAACUUUACGUCCCUUCAGGGUAAUCGGUUAUAAACACAGGAACCCAGGGUGGGCUUACUGAUGCAUCAUGGAUGUUUCUUACUCAGGUCAAUGUUACCACCUUUAUACAACAUUUCUUCUAUUAAACCUGUUUUUUGAUUGGUUGGUUAAUCAGUGCAAUAGAGUAUGUAGUGGAGCCACAAAAGUAAGUGGGCAUUGAGCUACAAUUAGCUGGAGGUCCAUUAAGGACAUAGGAAGCACAUUGAACACGGAGGCUGGGAGGCUGAUCAGGUCACAUGGGUAGGGCCGCAAAGAACAAAUGUUUUUUUUUUCUUAACUGGGGGUUCCCAGGAACAUGGAGUUGCCCCCUGGCUGACAAUGGGAAAGAGAGCAGCACAUAGAGAUUUAGAGCUCUGCACCAGGGUGGGUACUAAGGGAAAGUAAAGAGACCCGUGGGUUCAACUAUAUGAUUUCAUGAUACGGCAGAAAAGAACAAUUUCACUUACCCCAUUACUUGUCCCCCAUCUUCUUACACAAUGUUCUUAGUAAUUCUCACUGUAUUUAUAGCAGUGCCUUGUUGUUCAGCUGCCAUUUUGUGUUCAGUAUUUAUACCUAAAUAAACAGAAAAUCAGUAGUUUCACUUUAUUA